AGAUUUAACCCCAUGUGACUGACAGAUACUAAUCCAUUUCAGUGUACUAUCACUGUUGUCACAUUAAUCCUGUUUGAUAAGGCACACAUCACUAUCAUUACUCAUUAACUAACUCAAGGCUACAACCGACACACGCUUCCCUUUACGUCCGGUUGACGUGUCCGAGUGACAGAUUGGUCAGUGGGAAAUCCUCUUAGCAGUUUUCUGCUGAUGGAGAUUCAUUGAGGAAAGCUCCAGACUUUCUCAUUAGCAUCACCACCGCAAGGCCUUGCUUACUACAUAAAAGAGAUAAAAGAGAUGUCUGCUGAAAAGAACAUUGCAGAAGCCCAAGAAGAAGAAACCCGAAUCUUCUCCUGCAGAGUCCAAUGGAACCGAAACCAAACCCAAAAAAAACAAGACCAAGAUGAACGGAGAUCUGUCAUCCGAGAGCAGCCCGAUCACUCGAAAUGGAGAGAAAGUGACAAAGAAGAAACUACAGAAAGAAAAAGAAACACCAGAGAAAGAGAAAGAGUCCAACAAGAAACCUAAAAGUACCACGAAGAAGAAGAAGAGUUCUACAGAUGAUGAUGAUGAUGAUGAAGAGGAUGAUGGUGUGACCACUCAGAAGAAAACCAAGAAAAAGUCUUCAAAGGAAACUACGACUGACGUAAAGGAAAAAGCCAAAGAAAAGGAUAAAGACAAGAAGACUAAAUCUAAAGAUGUUAAAGAGGACACAGACGCCAAGACCAAAUCUAAAGCAAAGAAGAAAGAACCAGCAUCGCUGUUUCAGAUUAACGGAGACAAGCCAGAAACCAAGAGUAAAAAGAAAGCGGCCAAAUCCGAGAGUGAAAAUGAAAGCGAGCCGGAAACGAAACCUAGCAAGACGAAGAAGAAGCCUAGCAGCUCAAACGCUGCCUCGAUGUUUCAAGCCACAGGAGAUAAAGACAAAGAGAAAAAGACAAAGAAGUCUAAAGCUCCUGCUAAAGAGGAAAGUGAAGAAUCUGAUUCAGAGGUGACACAAAAAAAGAAAAAGGGGAAGGGAAAGAAAGGGAAAAAGGAGGAGCGAGCUCCAUCUCCGGUCAUCGAGUUUGACAAUCUGGAAGAAUUUGUACUUCAACCAGCACCUCAGGGUGUCACAGUAAAAUGUAAAAUGACCCGUGACAAGAGAGGGAUGGACAAAGGCCUUUACCCAACAUACUACCUACACCUGGACAAUGAGAAGAAAGUGUUUUUAUUAGCGGGAAGGAAGAGGAAAAAAAGCGCAACCUCCAACUAUUUGAUCUCCAUCGACCCCACUGAUCUGUCCAGAGGAGGGGAAAACUUUAUAGGAAAGCUGAGGUCAAAUCUUAUGGGAACUAAAUUCACCGUGUUUGAUAAUGCUCUACAUCCGGACAGAGCGCUUCCGGACAUGUCCAACGCACGUCAGGAACUAGCGGCCAUUAUCUACGAAACAAAUGUUUUGGGCAUGAAAGGGCCGAGGCGAAUGAUUGUCAUUAUUCCAGGCAUGAACAAGGACGGUGAGCGAGUGCCGUUGCGACCACGUAGCGACAAUGAUGGCCUCCUCACAAAACAUCAGAACAGAAACAUGGAGAACUUGAUCGAACUGCGCAAUAAGACGCCAGUGUGGAAUGAAGAAACGGCAUCCCAUGUGUUAAACUUCAAUGGCAGAGUCACGCAAGCUUCUAUCAAAAACUUCCAGAUUGUCCAUAAUAAAGACCAGGAUUAUAUUGUGAUGCAGUUUGGCAGAGUGGCAGAUGAUGCCUUCACUCUGGAUUACAGAUAUCCUCUGUGUGCGGUCCAGGCCUUUGCCAUCGCUCUCUCCAGCUUCGAUGGAAAAAUCGCCUGCGAGUAGCAGCGUCUGUAUGUUUUCCACAUCAUUUCAACACAUGUGACGAAUGGGAAUUGAAUACGAAAGAAUUUCACUUUGCACCAGCUCACAAGAUCAAAACCCAUCUCUUUAAUGUUAAAGCUACGGUAUUGGCAUGGGGUUAAUGUGAUUUUACAUGACAUGUCAGAGUUUAAUGAAAGCCUGAAUGGUUGUAAACUCUCCUUUAAAUGGACUGAAAUUGUGAAAUGGGUGUAGUGGACAGAAGUGUGACUGUUUGAUUUCUAAGAUGACCCCUGGUGGUGAGGAGGUCACAUUACAGCAAUGGUUCUCAAACUGGGAUUUGAUCAUAAAUUAAAGUAAUGCUACUAAACCAAAUGCACUACAAUGUAUAAUUGAAUAUGCUUGGUUUAAUUCAAAAUUUUGAGGUUUUGUGUCUGUCAUCUUCAAUGAACCACUGCAUUGGUUUGAGACAGAUAUAAUGUGGCAGAUACUCAAACAAGUUAAAACUUAAUGGCUGACUUUUGUAACUUGUUUCAUUUUAUGUUUAGAUUGAAUAGUAUACGGAGUAAUAAAGAGUAAAAUAUGAAAAGUUUGGUUCCAAAAACCUAAUUUUUUAUGACAAUUGAUAUCAAUCAAACUGCAGUUGGUUUGUUUUGAUGAAAGGCUUCACAACUAAAAAAAUACAGCUAAGUAGCACAAUAAAACAAUAAAAACAUGAUAACAUAAUAAUAAACAUGUUUUGACAAAAAAAAUUUAAAACAAAGUUAUCUAAUUUUGGAACUAAAUUCUCCAUAUUUUAGUAUGUUUAUCUCACUAAACUAGGUAAAAAAGUAGCAUUACUGUAUGUCGCCACAGCACAUGAUACACUUAAAUACUUUGUUAAAAUAUUAAAAAAUAUACAUAUUUGUCUCUGUGUGUGUGUGUGUGUGUGUGUGUGCGCGUGUGUGUGCGUGCGUGCAUGUGUGUUUAUGACAGAGAGCAAGCAAUAAAAGUGGGUGUCUGUGCUGAAAGAGAUUAAAGCAAGGUCUAGAUUUAUCAAAGCAUAAUGCUGUGCAAUAUCAGUGAGAUCACAGAUGCAUAACAUGUUAAACAUUCACAGCGUAUCGAGCAUAUUCAAGCCAAAAAUGAUUUGGAAAUCUCGAAAAAUACAGAAAUAAUGAUGUGACCGUCAUUAAUGCACCGGUAAACACUGAAGUUUGGUUUAUUUUGCCUUUUUCAUGUCAUUGUAGUUUUAUUGUAACCGUGUUAAGUUGUUGUGUGUAUUUUAAUGAAAGCCUGUAAUUGUCUUAUUGUGUGUUCUCUUUGAUUUUUCAAUGUAAAUGUAGAAAAUGCUUGAAUUUUUUUCUUUUAAGUAAAUUUAAAGACGUUAAAAUGAAAUAAAACACUGUUCACAAUCACCUUUGGCUGACAUGGCA